UCGGUUUGCUGGCUCAUUCGUUCAAGAUGGCGGCCACGUCACCUUCAGUCCCACAGCUGUUUACAGAAUUACAGCGAUUAGGCAAGGAAGGGAACUUUUCCAAAGCACAGAAGAUAGCAAAUAAAAUUUUGCAAGAGAAUCCAAAAGAUGCCGAUGCGUUCCAUUGUAAAGUAGUCUGUCUUGUUCAGCAAUCAUGUUUUCGUGAAGCUCUCGAUGUUGUUAACUCAGGAUCCAAGAAAGGGAUAAAGGAGCUGCCAUUUGAGAAAGCAUAUUGUCUGUACAGAUUGAAUAAAACAAGUGAAGCACUAGAAGUUCUAAAGGAUAUUCCUGACCAAGGACAGCGGGAAAAGGAGCUUACUGCUCAAGUGUACUAUCGUCUUGGGGAGUAUGAAAAAUGCAGAUCCAUUUACAAGGAUUUAAUCAAGAAUUCAGAGGAUGACUAUGGAGAUGAAAGAGAAACAAACUUAUCAGCUGUCAUUGCUGCGUCUAACCAGUGGGGAAAGACAAAAUUGUUUUCGGAGAGCGGGCUACGAGAAGAUACCUACGAGUUGUGUUAUAAUGCUGCCUGUUUGUCACUGGCAAAUAAUGAUUAUCAAACAGCAAGGAGUAAGCUGACUCAAGCUGAAGCUCUUUGUCGCAAAUCACUUGAAGAAGAUCCUGAAACAACUGAAGAUGAUGUUGAUGCAGAGCUGGGCGUUCUAAGAACUCAACUUGGGUUUACUUACCAAAUGCAAGGAGUAAAUGAUGAUGCUAUGAAGUUGUACAACCAGGUCCUUAAAUCCAAACCCAACGAUGUUGCUCUUGUUGCUGUAGCAUCUAAUAACGUCAUCACUCUGAACAAGGAAAGGGAUCUAUUUGACUCUAAGAAGAAAAUUAAGGCAACAAUGGUAGAUGGUUUAGAAAACAAAUUAACUGACCAGCAAAACCGGCAGCUAAAAUUCAACCAGUGUCUUUUGUUUCUCUACUCCAAUCAGCUUGAUGCAUGUAGAUCCUUAAUAACAUCUUUAGAGGAGAAGUAUCCAGAUUGUGACUUUCCUUGUUUGAUGUGUGCUUCACUGUUGCUUAGAGAGAAACAAUAUGAUAAAGCCAUCAAAAUGCUUAAGGAUUAUGCUGAAACCCACCCCAAAACAUCAGCUAAUGYUCAACUGACUCUUGUUCAGAUGUAUCUUACCCAAGGUCAUUUAGAAUCAGCUUGUACUACUUUAAGGUCCAUUGAAGAGCUUUGUCACCGUCCAGGCAUAGUAUCAGCAUUAGUAACAUUGUACACUCAUCUUGGAAAUAUAGACGCAGCCAUCUCAGUACUUGACUCAUCUGUGAAAUAUGCUCAAGAAAAUAAGAAUGCCCUCACUCAAUCAGAAAUGAUCAGUUUAAUGCGAGAAAAUGUUGCCUACAAACUUUCCCAUGGUCGGGCUAAGGAAGCUGUACAGAUGUUGGAGAGACUGCACAGGGAAGAUCCACAUAAUAUGAAGACACUUGCACAGCUUAUCACCGCUUACUCUCAAGUAAACCCAAAACAAGCSGAGAAAUACAGCAUGGAGCUCCCUGCUUUWGAUGGCGUUACCGAUGUUGAUGUCGAUUCACUGGAGCUAAGUCCAGGUAUGCGGUUUGGUCGUCCAAAGCGCACUGCAGAUGACAUGAUGGGAAAGGACAGUAGUGAUGUCAUCAUGAGAAAGAAACGAAGAAAAAAGAAAAAAGGAAAACUUCCUAAGAAUCACAACCCUGAAGUGGACCCUGACCCUGAGCGAUGGUUACCUAAGCGAGAAAGGUCAUAUUACAAGGGAAAACGCCAGAAGAAAGUUGCUGUUGGCAAAGGGACUCAAGGAGCUGCGUCAACAGGAACAGAAUC